AUGACAGCAAUCUCGACGGCACAACGAGUCUACGACGCUAAAUCGCCAAAGAAAAGCGUUACUUCACCCGAGUUCGCCACACCGGUACAUAAACGAAGCACAACUGCCCCUCAACCCAUUCAAAGGCCAACUGCGCCAACUCCGUCCAAGCGUGUCGACGAUGACGCCGCAUCUGAGCCGGACUUCGUUCAGGACCGAGUGGAAUUCAUCGCGGAUAUCCGAAAGAGGAAUCAGAAUCAGAAGGCCCAGAAUCAGAUUCAGAACAAUAAGGCGAGCCCUGUGAAGUCACCACAAAAGGUGGUGAAGGACGAGAAGAAAAUGAAUGGGAAAGGUCGCCUUCUAACG